AAAAGCUCAAAAACACUAAUUGACUUUCUAGGUAAAAAGUCAGCCGCGCUUAAAAAUAAUCGAGAUAUUCUUCGCAGCAUGCCCUCGAAAGACCGUCACUUGCACGUCGCACUGGGCUGUUUCCUACCCCGCGCGCCUGAUGUGUUGGCGAUGAACUAAAUUUUUGAAGCUUCAACUGCGAUCCUGGUCAACGCUUCUAACACCCCGACCAUGCCAUAAACACAGCCAUGAAAGACUGCAUAUAUAUGAUACAGCCUGCGCCGCCUGGGCAUGAGAAAGCACCACCCCUUGUACUCAUUCACGACGGUGGCGGAACAACCGUAUCAUAUUGCUAUUUAGAUUCCCUGGACAGAGCAGUCUAUGGUAUACAGAACCCGCGUCUGUAUUCCGGCCAGCCUUGGGACCAUGGACUCCCGGAAAUGGCUAAGGUGUAUGCGAACCUGAUACUUUCAGUUGUGCCAUCGGGACGGCUUCUAUUGGGUGGAUGGUCACUAGGCGGAAUUCUGUCGUUGGAAGUGGCCAGCAUCCUGCUCAGGACAUCCACGGUCCGCAUUGUCGGGUUGGUCAUGGUUGACUCUAUCUACCCACUGGCGAUUUCGCAAGCCAAAUCGAAUGUUGUUGGCCCUCAGCCAGUGUUUAACAAAGAUACCCGGCCCGAAACCCGCCGACUUGUUUCCCAAUGCAUGGAGUUGGCUCAACCUAUGGCCGAUAACUGGAUUCCACCCGUGUGGAGUGGAUGUAGCGACUCGGAUUUGAUUCUGAAAAGGGCUAAAUUAGAGAAAGAGCUCUCUUUGAUUGAUUCGAAACCGUCAACUGAGGCCGUGGCACCUGAUGAGACUCACCUUGAUAUGAAUUGGAGUCCGGAAAACGGGGCGACGGUAUCGAACAUCGACACCCAGCUUCCAUCCAUCCCCAAAACGAUUAUCCUUCGUUGUGACGACUACGUUCCAGUGUCAAGGCCAGACCUACCGGAUGCAGUCUGCAGGGUCGAUGUCGUGCGCGAACUUCGGAUUCUGGGCUGGGAAAAGUAUCCAAAUCAUUUCACGCCCACAGUCUUGAGCAUACCUGGCCACCACUUUAACAUGUUUACAGAUGAAUAUAUUGAUGAGGUCUCAACUCAGAUUAAACAGGCAUGCAGAAUGCUGGAGCGUGAUUGCUAGGUCCUAUAUAGGAUAGAUAUCCUUUAGGAUACAUUUUCGGUCAAUUUGACAACAGGUUAUCACUGACCUGAUUGAAAUUUGUAAUCGUUGUUCUCUUCUCCUUCCCUGUAAAAAGAACUGAACCUACAUCAGUUUUGAAUAUUUGUUCUUUCUUGUCUACAACAUCUUCUUUCACAUCUCUGCACUGCAACAAGCUACCCUGAUGAACUACUUUGCAUGCUGGAGAAGCUGUAAUACUUUUCUAGCUUGCAUCCUCCCACUACUUUCUUUGUACAAUUCAGUUGUUUCCUCAUCACCAUUGACCUGCCUUGUUUGACCCAAAAGACCAUUGUAUAUUGCCCAUCAUCAGCCAAACACCGUGUUCUUGAUAGAAAGAAGCUCUUGCUUCUUUAGCAGUGCAUCGGUGCUUCCGUUAUCUACCGAAUUACAUGUUUAUAUCGAAGCCGUCUGCUCUGCGGCAUCGAAGACCGGCCUAUUUUACUCGAACACUUUCCACAUUUUCAAUACCCGUUCGGGACUGGCGUGCCAUCGAGCGUCUAUAACAUCUUGCUCCAUCGCAACAGUAGCAUAUCACCACCACUGCCCCUGGGACACCGAUCCACAUCGCAGUGUGAUAUACAAGUAGGUGUCACCCAGUCCUUAGAGAAACAAAAGUGGACCUGUAAAGCGCAGUGCUGAAUCAAACCUACACGGGCUAACAAACAAGCCACGACGGAACAUACGCAGAAAUAUCCUUUUUGCACGCACAAUGUGCUUUCAAUUCCAAUAUAUCUACAGCUGUACUCAUAUUACUUAUGGUCCCAAAUUUGGCCCUUGUCCUACGCCCUGCCCUGACCGCUGGGUCACGUUCAUCCCCGUAAACAUGGGUGGUCCAUGCAGCUGGUGUAGAGCACCAUACAACCGAUAGUGGCCAUGUCGAGCAUCAAUGACGAAACAUGAGCCACGGUCUUUUAUUAGUACUCUCACACGCACGAAUCGAUGGCGUCAGACUCAUUGCGACCAUUUGUCCUCAGGGGAUAUUGAGCGAGAAGAUUAUCGAUCAUACUGGGUUUAUAAGUCAGGGGGGAUUAUAACCUUCUAUCAUCUUUGAGACUCAGAGCUUUCUCUUUUCGCAGAACUUUGAUGGCUAGACUUUCGAUGUCUAUUUAUUCAUGUGAUGGUUAAACCCGAGGAGAGGGGGGGAAAGGAGAGGGCGGUUGAGAGCUAUACUUUUUUUUCCCUUUUUUUUCCCUUCUUUUUUUUCCCCUUCUGGCAACUCAAUUUGACGACGUUACGCAUAUGGUAAGGUUUUGAAGUUUAUAGCAUGAAAUGAAGUCCUUGAAGCUAUGUAGUUAUCAUUGUGUGCAUGAUAUAAUUUCCCACUGCAGGUUGACUGGCUAGUUCCGAAUAUUUAACUUAAAUAUUAUCGGGCCAACGGUUUUGUAGCGUAAUCUGUCCAUUUAAAACCCCCUUCGCCUCUUGAUUUGCUAACUCCUUGUUUGUUAUUUAUACUAUUGAUAAAAAAUAUCCAUCUCUACGCUAAUUCAACCCAGAAUAUUGUCUUCUAUGUAUUCUUAGCCGUAAUACUGCCUAUUAUUGGACCUGUCAACACCAACAUACGCCUACUCUCUUGCCUCUCGAAUAUUCUCAUUCCUAGGUGAUACUCAUCCUUGGAUCCUAUCCCAUACGCUCCGGGGCGAUAAUCCAGCGGACCUAAAUGGGGAAUUAAAGAGGACAGCGUCGUUCCAAUUGAAUUAUGAGAAUAUCACCGAUGCGGGAAUCGGUGAGCUGCUGAAUAAAGAAGAAGGGGAAAUAAACGCCAGGCGCUGCUGGCAAUUAUAGAGGAGUUCAUAUGGCAACUCUCAUCUUCCUCAUUAUUAACCAAAGAGGUGGCGCCAGCACCCAGGGAGCAAGUCAAAGAGGACAAGUAUCUUAGUAAGUAGUUAUAUGGUUUGUGGUGGGGUGGAUAGCGUAGUGGUAAAAGUGCUGUCCAUGGAAGGCUGUGGGGGAAUGAGACACGAAGGUUGCAACUUGCAGGAUUAAUAUUGAAUCAUGCCUCCAUCAUACGAUUGAUUUUAUCAUAAAAUGAUUUUAUCAUAAUCUAUUGAUCACAUUCAUAUUCUGGGGCCAAUUUUGGCUACAGAGGGUUAAUCAAUAGAUAGAAUGAUAUUAAGUUCUAGUGUAUGAAGAUUGUCUUUAUAUUCACUUAGAUUUAAUCAGAUUUUGAUAAUUUUCUCUGAACAGUCUAGUUUCGAGAUAUCAAAGAAUCAGAAUCAUAAUAGAUUUCAAAUUAAGAGUAGUGAAAGAAUUCUUCUGAUCAAUGAUGUACUGUAUAUUACAAAAAAGCUAUGUAAUUGGUAAAAGCCUGUUUGAGACCCUGUAUACAUCUAAAUAGGCGUUUUAGACGAUGUUAC